AUGAAGGAGAAUACUACAGCAUUACAACAUCUCUUGGAUCAUGGUGUUAAGAUGAAAGAGGCUAAUCAUAAAAAGACUCCUUUACAUUAUGCUGCUGAGAAAGGUCACAAUGCUAUAGUAGAGAUUCUGAUAAAAUAUAAAGCUGAUGUGAAUUGUGUAGAUGAGAAUGGCACAACUCCACUUCAUUAUGCUGUUAAUAGAGGAUAUACUGACGUUGUUCAAGUUUUAUUAAAGUAUGGAGCAGAUGUUAAUAUUCAAGAUGAUGCAGCUGAGAUGAGGGAGAAAGCUCAACUCAAGCUCAAAUAUGCUAGACUUAGUCAAACACUGAAUAGUUCCAUGGAAACCUUUGCCAGACAUAUGAUUGAAGUCAAACUCAUAGGCAGAGGAGUCAUGAGAUCUCUCAAUUAUGAUGAUAUUAUGGAACAAUUUAUGUCAGCAAUGGAAUUCAAACAUAGUAUCCCAGAGUUACAAGAACACUGUCAACUGUUUAUUGGUGUUCUUGAAAAAUUAGGUGGAGCACCAAAAAAGGCUGCUGAUGAAUUUGCUACAGCAUGGAGCCACUUAGAACCAGCUUCACUCAAUGAAAUAAGACAAAAGUGUGUUCUCAUAACAUAUGCUGUGCUGCCUUCAGUUAUACCUGCUGUUCUAAAAGAUCUCAGAGAUCCAGCUGUACUAAAGGAACUAGAGGAUGUUGGAGUUACUGUAGUACAGUUACCUGAUGUAUUGAAAAGUGGAAAUGAGAGCACAGGAGGGUUGGGGUGCCUUGACCGACAUGCGGCUAAAGAAGGUCACAGUGAUGUUAUACAAACAUUAAUAAAUCAUGGUGUAGAUCUUAGUGUUAUGGAUGAGGUCAUCCUGAUGGUUGUUAGAACAAUGAUAGAGUAUGGAGCAGAUAUCAAUGUUAUAGAGGAGGGGCUGGGAGGAGGCGUUUGUUUAACAGAAAAAAUGUCUGACGAGUAUCUCGAACAAUUGCUGGAUGAAGUCCCUCAACUUCACGAAGUGUGCAACUAUGCAGCAGAGAUGAGGGAGAAAGCUCAACUAGCUACAAGUGAGUCUAGAGACUUAAGUAUACCAGUAGAACUGAAAAAUAAGUGA